AUGAAGAAGAGAUCUCGUGCCUGCGAAGCUUGCCAGGCUCUCAAAGUCAAGUGCGAACCAUCCCCCGGAGAGUCAUCCAUCUGUGAGCGAUGCUCUCGUUACAGUCUCACUUGUGUCCCUGCUGCGAGAAAGUGGCAGAGAGAUAGGAUUGCUGAGCUGGAGGAGCAGGUUAGGAAUCUACAGGAUAAGCUUGAUGGUGCUACCAAUUCGACUCUGGGGUUGUCGACUUAUGCUGCUUCGACGAGGGCUACUUCUGUGUUCUCUGAUGGAGCUUGGCCGCAGACAAGUGCUAAGCCAUCCGAACUCGGCUUUCUGAAUUCUCGUCUAGACUACGAUACUCAGCUUCGAUGUCUACAAGUCUGCUCAACAACCGCUGGACAGUUCUGGUACCUUAUACCUCCCGUCGACACCACCUCAGCACGCUCAUGGCUAGACUCCCUCAGGGCAGGAGCCCCCGUCAAGCUCAUAUCCAUGCUGGCCUUCACCAUGUCCCCCUCCUCCGCCGAGAUCGAUCCCCAAACGCAGGAAGACUUACGAAUCAAGACCUUUGAAAUCCUCGGCCAAGCAGCUGUCGGUCUCAAACGGCCCUCCCUAGAUCUGAUCCAAGCCGCGCUAAUAACCGGUCUCUGGAUCAGACCCUCCCUGGACUGCAAUCACGGGAACCCGAACCAGCUUGUCUCGCUGGCACACGAUCUCAGCGUGGAGCUUGGCCUUGGAGGUGCGGAGAUGCAGACUUCUGCACCGGCGUGGUUCUUCCGCAUCUAG